AAUAUGUAAGGACAAAUAGUGAAUACCAAAAAGGAAAUAAUAAAAUUAGCUACAUUUAACCAAUAACGCAUGCACAAAGUACAUUUUGUGAAAAAUUUGGUAUUUAAAAUUUACAAAAAUGACACUCUAUAUAGAUGAUUGUAUCUAUGCUAUGCAUAAUUGCAUGUUAUGCCUAAGGCUAAGAAGAAAUCUUACCUUAAAAAGGUAAGGGAAAUGAGAGAGUAUAGACGACAAAAAUUAAGGUCAGAAACUAUAGAAGAACGCGCUAUUAGAUUAUAUUCUGCUGCUGAAAGAAUGAAGAACGCUAGAGCAAAAGAGACAGAAGAGCAAGCAGCAUUAAGGAGAAUGCAGGAGGCACAGCGUAUGGCUAGGCAUCGUGCUAAAAAGAAGCGUUGCUUAGAUGAAAAUUUAGCAAGGGAGAUUUCAAAAAUUGCUGAACUCUCAAAAAUGCCAGAUGCAGCAACAAUAGCACAAAUGUCAGAAAUGAAUAUGAAUAAAAUUUCUGCAGAGCUAAAGCAAAUGAUGGAAAGGGGAAAAGUACCAGAACAUAUAGUUCAAAUGGCUCAACUUGCUGAGUUCAGUAAAAUGACUGAAUUAAAUAAAAUGUCUCAGGAUAUGGCUAAAAGAUAUGAGAUGGAAAAAAUGGCCGAAUAUGCAAAGACAACAGAAUACAUGAAGAUGCAAGAAAUUGCAAAAAUGUCUGAAAUUGCCAAAAUGAAUGAAAUGGUAAAACUCUCUGAAAUGGCUAAAUAUAAUGAUAUUACAAAAAUUAAUGAAAUUGCGAAAAUGAAUGAAAUGAUGAAAAUGUCUCAAAUGGCAAAAAUUAAUGAAGUUCAAAGGAUGAAUGAAAUAGCCAAACUUAAUGAAAUGGUAAAAAUGACAGAAAUGGCUAAAUAUAAUAAUGAUAUAACGAAAUUAAACGAAAUUGCACAAAUUAAUGAGAUGGCUAAGGAAAUUGCAAAGAUGAAUGAAAAAACAAAAAUGAAUGAAAUGAUUAAAAUGGCAAAUAUGCAGAAUGAUAUUACAAAGAUGCCUGAAUAUUCUAAAAUGGCAGAAAUGGCUAAACUAACUGAGUUGGCUAAAUUAAACGAAAUAACAAUAACAAAAUUAAAUGACCCACCACCACCAAAAGUACCAGAAAUUCCACGAAUUCCUGAACCUGUGAUCACUGUGCCAAAUCCAAGAAAUUUGCAAAAUGUUCAAACUGUUCAAGUAGCACAGGCUAGCCCAUCCAGUACAAUAAAUUUCCCUACUGUACCUGGUCAAGGUAAAUAUGCUCAGUUACUUGUUAUUAUUGAGGAACUUGGAAGAGAUAUUCGUCUUUCGUAUGCCGGAAGCCGCAGCGCAGCUGAGCGUCUUAAGAUGGGCAUUCAGCAUGCUAGAAUUCUUGUACGAGAAUGUCUACUGGAAACAGAACAUAAUGCGCGGCAAUGA